CGUGAACGGAUGUUUCUGCCUGUGCGAGGCGCGUACAGUGUACUGAUUGGUUCAAACUGAUCACGUCAUUUUUCUGCGAUUACUACUGUCGCGAGGAAAAAUGGCGCCUUCUCCAACAAAAAGGAAGGAUGACGACAAGAGCAAACAGCGCACCAAGGACAAGUCAGGAGCCACUAAAGAGGGAGCUGACAAAAGCCGGGGCCGAGACAAGAACCGCACCCGACGCAGCGCUUCUAGCAGGAGCAGCAGGUCAAGCUCCAGCUCCAGCAGCAGCAGCUCAGGUUCCAGCUCUGGCUCCUCCAGCGGCUCAAGCUCCUCCGCCUCCAGCCACUCUGGCUCCUCCAGCUCCCGCUCUUCUUCCUCCUCGUCUUCAUCAUCCUCACCAAGCCCCAGCCGCCAACGCCACAACAACAGACGACGCUCGCGCUCAAAGUCAAAAUCACCAAAGAAGGAAGGCAGGGAUCGACGACGCAGGAGUCCCACACCCAAACCGACCAAGGUCUUCCUGGGUCGGCUGACCAGAAACGUCAUCAAGGAGCACAUCCAGGAGAUUUUCUCCACAUAUGGCAAGAUCAAGAUGAUUGAAAUGCCCAUGAACCGCAUGCACCCUCAUCUGUCCAAGGGGUACGCCUAUGUGGAGUACGAGACCUCCGAAGAGGCAGAGAAGGCUCUGAAGCACAUGGAUGGAGGUCAGAUUGACGGUCAGGAAAUCACUGUCACAGCUGUGCUGACUCCCACAGUGCGCCCCCCUCCUCGCAGGCUUUCCCCUCCCCGGAGGAUGCCUCCUCCGCCCCCAAUGUGGCGCCGCACUCCACCUCGUAUGAGGAGAAGGUCUCGGUCUCCACGCCGACGGUCUCCAGUGAGGCGCAGGUCUCGAUCGCCUGGCCGCCGCCGCCACCGGUCGCGAUCAAGUUCCAACUCCUCGCGCUAGCGAUCAUGAAACCUGUCCUCUCCCUCGCCUCCUCUGGAUUUAUUCUUUUGUUUUGUCCUUUUGAUCAGAGCAACAAAAAAUGUGAAAGAAAAAUGUUUUUGUGUUGUUACCUUGUUAAGUGACGAAUGCAGGAGCACCAAAGUCUUUACCAUUUUACCCAGUAAAGAAAUUCAGGUGGUGUUUUAUGAUAAUAAGACGUAAGAAUUAUGUUGGGCUUUAAAUGCUUCAUUUUUAUUACAUUGAAACGUUUUCGUUAUUUUCUAAUAUUUUUGUUGUGUUCAUGUAUUUGAAAAGAAUAGAAACACAAAACUGUAAAUGAGCCUAAAAGGCAAAUCUUCAUGUGUCCCCAGUAAAAAAAAAAGGCUGUGAGAUCAGAAUAAAAAAAAAACGCUUGUAUGUUUC